AUGAACAAUUGGCAAUUGACAUUUCAAACGCCCGUCGAUCUCACAGAGCACCUACGAAAGCCAUAUUUGCUAUACGACGAGCGGGAAAAAGAUGUCUCGAAAGUAAUUUUUGAUGAGCACGCCAACUUAUUGUGGGCUGGCGACACUUACGGCAGAGUUUCGUCUUACGACCCAGCGUAUGCGCUAUAUACGAGGCACGCGGGCCAUAUCGGUGCAGCACCCGUUGUCGAUAUGCUGAGUCAUGCCAGUGGUAUCAUGUCGCUCAGCGCAGAUUCCUUGAAUUUUGCUAGCCGACAAGGCGUAACGCGAUUGAACCUAACAAGCGCGGAUAUCGCCCAACUUUGUGAUAUGAAGGCCAUGUGCUUCGCCUCGAACGCUGGCAAUCACGUAUAUUGCGCGGGCGCAAACCCUGGUAGUGGCAUCAUCGACAUCGACCUCCAAAAGGGGGCACUUGCCAACAAUAUCGAUUACGCCUCCAAAGUAAAACUAUUACGUUCCGACAACAAGACUAUACUUGUAGGCAAGCAAGCCGGAUCCAUUGAUCUCCUUGAUCAAAAUUCUAACCAGCUAAUCAAGUCGUUUGCGGGCCAUUCAGCGGCCAUUUCAGAUAUGGAUAUUCGCGAUAAUACGUUGGUAACAGUGGGCAAGUCACGAAGAUUUAAUCAACUAUGCUCAGAUCCCUUUGUCAACAUUUAUGACCUGCGAAUGAUGCGGCAACUGACACCUGUUGCGUUUUCACAUAACCAAUCCAUGAAUAGUUCCGGAAGCGCAGGCGCAGAUUUUGUCCGACUACAUCCCAUUCUUCCAACUGUGAUGACUGUGGCUUCUACCUCCGGCGCCUUUGAUUUUAUCGACCUUGCAAAUCCGGCGCUGAGAUCCCAGUAUUGCCAUCCAUGCCAUUCCAUCUCUCAAUUUCAACUUUCUUCAAGUGGCGAUUAUAUUGCCCUCUUGGAACAUGAUAAUAAUAUCAAUACAUGGAGCCGAUCCAACGGAAUGUCUGGUUUUUCGAACUCAUCCGCAAUGCUAGAGUAUCCAGAUUUUCCAGAUGAUGGGCCAACAAAAGACAAAAUCUCUCCCGAUGACCAGUACUUUCCGCUCAGUUCUGUGGGGAUGCCAUACUAUUCUGAAAAACUCUUAUCUGCAUGGCCUCAUGUCAUAUUCCGAAGCAGUGGAACGUUGCCGAGGCGGUUUAAUGAGACGAUACAGACUACACAAAACGCUUCAUCACGUCUUUUCCAAUUGCCGGCAUCAAAUUCGCAAACUUUUCAGCUGGUUCCCUACAAUGUAGCUAAAUUUGGUAGAAGAAAUGUGGUAAGGCCUUACAGGUCUCUUCGCGAAAGAAAGAAGAAGCUUCUUGUCACAGACGAAGACGGCACUGACAAAAAAGAGCUUAUGAGGUAUAGACCUGUUAACGAAUUUGAAGUUCCGCCGGCGUACACGAAAUUACAAAUGGUUUACGGGAAGUAUGGAGUGGAAGACUUUGAUUUCAAGGCUUUCAACCAAACCAAUCUUUCCGGUCUUGAGUCGGAUAUAGAAAACUCUUAUACGAAUGCUGUUCUACAAAUGUACAGAUUUGUACCCGAGUUUUACAACUUUGUCGUGAGUUGUUUAAAAGACGACACUUGGUCAGAAAUUUCUCUGCUGGCAGAAUUAGGGUACUUGUACGAUAUGAUGGAUAAGGCAAAUGGAGUUGUAUGCCGUUCGUCCAAUUUUCAGAAAGCUAUGACAUCGCUUCCAGAAGUUGAUGUGCUGGGCCUUUUAAAAGAUUCCCUGACAGCUGAUCUUCGAGAGUCGUUUGCGGGCUUGGAAGUUGAAGAUCAAAAAGAUGAGAGUGGAUGUAAAUCGAACCUAACUGCUCUGGAGAAUAACGUUCCGCAACGAUUCAAUGACUUCAUACUACGCAAGCUAAUUUCUGAGGAAGUUCAGAAAAAGAUAAACACUACUCAUAGCAUUGCGCUGGAAGAAUUGUUCGGGAUCCAGCUAGCAACUGACACACGGACAAUAUCAACAUGCGAUAGUUAUGAAAAACGAUCAUCCAUUGUGCCAGCGCUCACUAUUACCAGCCCGGCUAGUAACAAUGCCAAGUACUCUAAUAAGAAGCUCAAUAACCAAACCGUUUUACCUUAUAUUGAAUCGUCUAUGAAUCGGGUGAAACACCGAAGAGCAGUUUGUGGUAAAUGCCAUAAACCUGAGAACGUUGAAUUUGAGAAAACUGUCAGGAAUUUGCCUCCGCUGCUUUCGCUAAACAUAAGCAUGUCAAAUGAUGAAUGGGCGGUUGCUAAGUCUGUUAAAAAUUGGCUAGUUAAAGAGUUCUACGCGACUUUGUCAAAAGAUAGGCCUAUAUUGAAGCUCCAACCGACUGAUUUAAAGACGACGAAUGCCAUUUUCAAAUAUGAUUUAAACGCUUACGUGGCAAGAAUUACGGACGAUUUAUCAGAGCCUCAUUUGGUGACGUAUGCUAAAAUUUACGAUCAGAAAUCCAGGCACAGUAAAUGGUUCAUGUUCAAUGACUACCUUGUAGUUGAAGUAGACGAAGAGGAGGCUCUCGAUGUAUCACCUUGGUGGAAAACACCUGAAAUUCUGGUCUACUCCGACGCGGAAGAACUUCGUAAGCCUUUUGUCCCUGCUACAAAAUUUCGCAUAAAUGAUAGUAUUUUAUACCGAGAUCAUUUUGCCAACGGUAUCAAGACCGGACUGAAAAAGGAAUACAAACUUCUGACUAAAUCUGAACCUCCACACUUCGGAUCUCUGAUUGCGAUGGAUGCAGAAUUUGUGGUUCUUGCUGAUGAACAAGUAGAAAUCAGCUGUAGGGGGCAAAGAACGCUUAUUAAUCCGAAAAAGACUGCGCUUGCUAGAAUAUCCGUUUUGAGAGGGAACGACGGCGAAGACUUUGGGGUCCCUUUCAUCGACGACUACGUUGUAAACACGAAUCAUAUUGAGAACUACCUUACUCGCUACAGUGGCAUAGAGCCUGGUGAUCUCGAUCCAGUUACUAGCACUAAAACUUUAGCUCCCCGGCAAAUGGUCUAUCGAAAAAUUUGGUUACUGCUUCAGAUGGGGUGUGUUUUCGUAGGUCAUGGACUUUACAAUGACUUUCGAAACAUAAACAUAUAUGUGCCACCUGAGCAGAUACGCGAUACGGCCCUUUAUUUUUUACAGGGCAAGAGGUACCUCGCGUUAAGGUUUCUGGCGCACGCUCUUUUAGGUUCGGAUGUUCAGAGUGGCAACCAUGAUUCCAUUGAAGAUGCCUAUACAGCUCUGGUUCUCUAUAAGAAGUAUUUGGAGCUUAUGGAAAAUAACAUUUUCGAAGCGACCUUAAACCAGCUUUACGAAGAUGGCAGGGCGUGUGGGUUCAAGGUGCCUGGGGAUCGAAGUUCGACACUGGUUUAA